ACGCUUAAGGUAGGCGGUGUCGAGGCAGCAACGCUCACGCCUGGUAUUCUCCCUCCGUCAGGCGCCACAGCAGCAGAAGUUUUCAAGGAUGAUGCAGCGUGUUGCCCUCCUGCUUGUGGUGGUGGCUCUGGCCGGUCCUGCCGCAGCCUGCAAGUACUGGUGCAAGACUCCAAACAGCAAUACCUACGAGUGUUGUGAUAAAGGCAACCCUUAUUAUACGCCCCAGGAAGAAGACUACGACACUCCGUAUGUUAGUGACGACUGCUCCUACUGGUGCCUGAAGCCUCAUACCACAGACUACCAGUGUUGUGACACCCUCGACUACUCACUACAAGGAGAUGAGUCACUCUACCACGACGAGUCACAACCAAGUGAUGACGCAAGUUCUACAACGACAGCAGGCACAGGGGAUGCACAAGCUCACAGCAACUGUUACUACUACUGUACCUACGACGGUGAUGUGUACUGCUGUGCUGAUGACUCCCGACCCAUCCCCAAGAGUCACGACAAUCACGAUGGUAGUUGUCCAGAGGAAGAAGAUCAGAUGUGCAAGAGUUCUGGCAUCUUCCUCCGUCCCAAGAAACCAAAGGUGGCUAAGACCUCUGGCUCCAUCCAGCUGGCUGAUGACAAUGGUAAGCUUCUGCAGUCUUGUGCCUCCGACGGAUACUGCAAAGAGGAUGAGAGGUGCUGCGCAUCCAAGUGUGCACGCAAACAUGUCUGCUUGAAGAGCCUGAAGAAGGAAGGGAGUGAUGACGCAGAGGCCGAAAACAGAGAGUAGAAGAGUUUGUAAGUAAGUGGAGAGGAGAAGGAAGAGAAGAAGAGAAACAACAAAGAGGGGAGAAUAAGGUAGAAAAGGAAAAUAUAAGCACAUUUAAACAAAGGUACCAAUUGUCGACGCUCACGUCUGGAUAUCAUGAGCAAAAAAUAAAACAAGGAUGGAUCUCUGGAGAGCUUCCUGACGUGAGCAGACGAAGGGAAACGUGAGCCAGGAGCACAUCAGUCCGUGUUCACAGCUUCCUACAGUACAAUUAAUGAUCGGUGGGUCUACUUGUGUGUGUGUGUGUGUGUGUGUGUGUGUGUGUGUGUGUGUGUGUGUGUGCGUGUGUGUGUGUGUGUGUGUGUGUGCGUGUGUGUGUGUAGCGUAAACUGAAAAGUAAAGAAAAAAAGUGAAUUUUUCAAGGCACACAAUAGAAAAGAAAAGCAGUUCAUUGCAACUACAGGCCAGUCGCUUACUUCCAGCAUGUGACACGACGAUGUGGCAGUAACAGUUCUCCACCUCCUGGCUCCCUCACUCCAACAUUUGGACGUUCAGUCAUCACGGAUGUUUUUAUUUGUACCUUCACACGUCGACACCAGCAGCUGCGACUCAGCAUCUCUGACAAAAGAAAUCAAUUGUUCGCUUGUUAUCGGUUUUUAAUUUAUUUUGUUAUGCUUCAGAGUUCUAUGCUAAAGUACGUGCGCAUGCAUCUUGUUGACCCUUUAUGUUACUAAUAUGCACCAGUGUAUGUUCCACUUGCAUAAUAUUAUUUAUCCCACCAUUGUUUUUGAUGAAAUUUUGUAGCCAAUAAAUUAGUAUUGCAUAAGUCA